AUGAACGGACACCCUGAGGACAGCGAAGAGGAGGUGUAUCUAUCCGAGCCGGAGUCCACCGGCGAGCUCGAGGACGUCAAAACCGACGACGACUACGAAUACAACGAGGUGGAAGAGGAGAGCGAGGGAGAGGAGGCAUACAGAGACGCACUGAGCCAGGGCCACAGCGCAGCGGGUUCCCCCUCCACCGCCAGCAGGCUGCCCUUUGACAUAGGCUCCAUCUUCAGGCGCGCGGCCGCAGCAGACGACGACGGAGCGGCAGCGGCACCCGCGGCGGGCCCGCCUCAAGACGACGACAGCCUCGCGGCCUCGGUUGCUGCCAACGCAGUUGCAGCGGCAGUUGCGGCCAACACCCCCAGCCCGGCCGCACAGAAUGGCGAGGCCGCAGCUGCGGUGGCGCCGCCGCCGCCGCCGCCCUCCUCGGUGCUGGAUGGUACUGAGACGGACAAAGCAGCCAAGGUGAAGCUGGCAGUACAGAAGUUCCGUACCGACAUCUACCGUAUCGCGCUGCGCAUGAAGUACCCCACCCGCGCUUCGGUGAUGCAGCAGAUGAUGUACCGCCUGGGCAUGGCUGAGCGCAUCCACCUGGGCACUGCAGCCGGCCCGCAGCGCGGCAUUGAGGACCUGGCGCAGAUGGAGGCGGAGCGCGCCGAGGUGACGCACCAGCCCCCGCUGGACUUUGGGUGCACCAUCAUGGUGCUGGGCCUGCAGGGGACAGGCAAGACCGCCACCAUCCACUCGCUGCUGGGCCGCCCGCAGCCCGUGGGGUACCGCGAGACGAGCAAGGUGGAGAUCAUUCGCGGUGACGUGGCCGGCAUCCCCCUCACUUUCAUCGACACACCCGGCCUGGAGCCCUCUGCUGGCGCCAUCGGCAGCAACCUGCGCCGCCUGCACGCCGCCAAGCGCGCCUUCAACCGCCACAAGCCGCAGGCGGUGCUGUACCUCGACCGCCUGGAUGCGGGGCGCCGCGACCUGGCCGACCUCAACGUGCUGCGCUCCAUCACCGAGGUCUUUGGCCAGGACAUGUGGUUCUCCACCGUGCUGCUGCUGACGCACGGGGGCGGGGGGCAGCCCAUGACCUUUGAGAUGUUCUACCAGCAGCGCGGCCAGCAGGCGCAGAACAUGCUGCGCCAGGUGGCGGGGGACCAGAGGCUGAUGAACCCCAUUGCCCUGGCCGAGAACUCGCCCGCCUGCCCUCGCUCGGCGGAGGGAGACCUGGUGCUGCCCAACGGCACGCCCUGGUGCCGCCAGCUGCUCAUGCUGCUCUUCACCACAAAGGUUCUCAACGAGGCCAACGCGCUGCUCAAGCCAGGCGAGGGCCGCGCCGCCGCCGCGCGCAUGCAGCCCUUCAUGGGCAUGAAGGUGCCGCCGCUGGGCUGGCUGCUGUCGCGCCUGGUGGACUUCCGCAGCCCGCGGAAGCCGCCUGAGGAUGAGCGGGAGAUCAAGCAGGACGACGAGAUCCGCAAGCUGCCCUCCAACGAGCAGGCGGUGCAGCUGCGCAAGAAACGCAUGUACCUGAAGCAGCGGGCCGAGGAGGCGCGCCAGGACGCCGACGGCACCGUGCCUAUCCUAGCGCCCGAGCCCGCGCUGGCGCCCAGCUUCGACCCCGACGUGACUGGCUAUCGGUACCGUGUGCUGGAGGACCCCUCUGGCAUCAUCGCUCGGCCCAUUGUGUCUGACGGCGCGGUGGACCACGAGGACGGCAUCGACAGCGUGCAGGUGGAGAAGCAGUCCAUCCUACGGCCCAAGGGGCAGUACCUGGGCGGCGUGCCGGCUGUGGCCUGGGCCCAGGUGCAGAAGGACAAGAGCCAGUUCACCUUCCAGGGCGAGGCCGAGGGCAGCUACUACCACAGCGGGCGCUGGGUGUCCACCGCCGCCUGCAACGUGCAGACCAUUGGGCGCGAUGUGCUCUACACCCCCCGCCUGGAGACGCGGCUCAAGACAGGGCGCCGCAACAAGCAAGGCGCGCUUGCAUAUGGGCUCAAGGUCGACGACCGCGUGCGCGUGCUGCCCAACGCCAAGCUGCGCAUGUCGCUGGGACGCAUGUACACCAAGGCGGGGCAGGCAUACGACCAGGGCACCGCUCUGGCGGCAGACCUCAAGAUCAAGCCCUCGGCAGACGAGACUGCACGGAUCCUGAUGGGCGGCACCGCGGUGUGGCAGCGCCGCGACGUGGUGGUGGGCGGCAACCUGUCGACUGAGUUCAAGCUGCCCAAGGGCGGCGCGCUGGGCGGCAAGAGCGACACCCUCUGCUCCAUGAGCGCGCAGUACAACAACAAGGGCAACGGGCAGCUGGUGCUGCGCCUCAACAGCCACGACUACCCUCAGCUGGCGGGCAGCAUGGUGGUCCCUGUGCUGGCCUCCCUCUGGCACCGGCUGUUUGGAAAGGACGAGUUCUAGAGGGAGCACCCAGAGCCUAAGCUCGCGUUGGCUGCAACAGCGUGCCAUUGCACCGCUGCUGCAGGAACCCAGCUCGCUUUGGUGUUUGCCUCCUACCCUGUCAGACCUUCUCCCUUGCACCUGCGCUCCUGCUCCCCGCUUUCACUCCCCAUCCAACACUGUUCUCUGGCAACUUCGCUGUGUGGAGGUCCCGUGCUGCUGCGCAGCCCCAGUAACAGCGCUGACUGGCA